AUGGAGGUGGGAGCGGUGCCAGUACUACUGAGCGGGGGUAAAGAAAAAAAGCGCAAUGCCAAGAAACGAAACCGGGAUUUGCGAGAUCUCCUGCGCACGUACGGAUUAGUUGAAAUGUUAGAAAAAUUGGACGACGCUUAUAGGGGGGGUUCACGUUUUUGGUCAGUUUUUGUGAGGGGCUACCAAUUCUUGAGAAAGGACAAUUCUGAAGAAAUAAACGUGAAUCCCUUCAACGAAGCACCAGUUUUGAUCAAUAACCUGGUUGGUUGCAAGUGA